CCGCGACUAUCGCACUCGUGAACCCGCUGCGGCCGCUCUCGCGAUAUAUAGUUGAUUAUACCGACACUUUUCUAGGGAUUGUCUCUCAGAACACUCUUCCAGUUUUCAAAGUGAGAGUCGGGUCAAUAUGGUCAAAUCUGAAUUCUCGUCCGGAUACUCUACGCGCGUAAACAGCGAUGGCGACGAGGACUACAACAUCGCCAACACCGCGGUCUACAAGUCUGAAUCUGCCGCGGACGAGAACACCGCGCUUCUGAGCUCGGAGAAGAACGAUGGUCUUGAGGCUCUUGAUGUGAGCAGAGGUGCUUGGAUGUCCCUUAUCGGAUCUACCUCUGGCAUGCUCACCACGUUUGGAUAUGUUGUUGUUAUCGGAAUUUUCCAGGAAUACUACCAGUCAAAUCAGCUCAUGAAUUAUAGUCCCUCUGAAAUCUCAUGGAUUACCUCCAUGGAAAUCUUCCUCACAAUCUUCAUGGCCGCCUUCGUCGGUGCCGCCUACGAUGUCAUCGGCCCCAAGCCCCUCAUCAUCCCCGGCACAAUCCUCAUGACUGUCGGCAUCAUGCUGACCUCGAUCAGCACACAAUACUACCAGAUCAUGCUUUCCCAGGGUGUCUUGACCGCCAUCGGCGGAGCCAUGAUCUUCCACGCUUGCGCUCCCGCCAUCUCGUCCUGGUUCGACAAGUACCGCGCGACCGCGCUCGGAAUCGGUAAUGCGGGUUCAGCGCUCGGCGGUGUCUUUAUUCCCGUCAUCUUCCGCCAGGUGGUUGACUACGCUGGCUUUGGAUGGGCUGUGCGCGCUAUCGGCUUCGUGCUCUUGUUCGUCUCCUCGAUUUCGUGCCUCCUCACCACCUCCAGAGUUCCCCCUCCCGGUCCCCAGAAGAUCGACCUGUACAAGACCUACAUCGUCCCCUUCAAGUACCUUCCUUUCACCUUCACUGCUGUCGGUGUCUUUAUCGUCUACUGGGGUGUCUUUAUCCCGCAAAACUACAUCCCCAGCCACGCCGUCGCCCACGGCGUCUCCCCGGGCCUCGCAAACUACCUCAUCUCGAUCCUGAACGCCGUCUCCAUCUUCGGUCGCAUCCUCCCCGGAAUGUUUGCCGACAAAUUCGGCCGCUUCAACUCUUACUUCCUCUGCUGCUUCAUGGCCGGCCUGCUCACCCUCGCCAUCUGGAUCCCCGCCCAAAGCGUCGGCGUCAUCAUCCUCUACGCCGCCUCCUACGGCUUCUUCUCCGGCGCGGCCACCUCGGUCUGGCACUCCGUCAUCGCCGACAUCUCGCCCUCUGAGGAAAUUGGUGCUCGGCUGGGAACCGUCAACUCGUUCAUGUCGUUCGCGACUCUGUCUGGCGGUCCCAUCGCGGGUGCCAUCAUCACCAGCAACGGCGGCGAGUAUUACGGUGCCGCGACGUUUGCGGGCGUCGUCAUGAUUGUUGGCUCGUUUUUCAUCUUGGCCGGUAAGGUUGCUCAUACUGGUGACAUCUGGUCGCGCAAGUAACCGCGCCCCUUCCUCUCUUCCUCAUCCUCCUUCCUUUCCUUAUUUAUCGGUCACUGCUUCAUCAAGAUAAAUCAAGAUACUCGAGGCACAACUCCUCCACUAUCUUGAGAUAAAACUACAAAUCUCUACUCCUCUACACAUAGCGCGGUUCCUAGACGGUUUUCCAAGAGGGACCUCGCUUCUCUGUACGAAUAGUGUCAAUACUGAUUGCACACAGCAUUAUAACUUUUCACAUCUUUCAUUGGUUUCUGUUUUCAUAUUAUUUCUCUCUUUUCUUUCUUAUGAUGCUUUUCACAGGCGGGACUCUGUCAUGCUUAGAUUGCCUAUCAGGGAAAAGAAGGAUUUUUUGGUUGGUGGGUGCAUAAGGGCGGAAAAAUUGGUACAUAAUCGUGUUCGUUUAGGUGGGGUUAUAUACAACUAAUAAUAAUAUUCAUAAUAAGAUCACAA